UAUUUAUGUUCUGUGGUUAUGUGUUCAAACAAAGAUUAACCUCCUCUGAAAGCUGUGCUAGCAAGCAAAGAUUUCUCUUUGUUUAUAGUGAUCUCUAAUCAUCUUGUUCAUCUUUUUGAGUUCUGAGAAUUAAUAUAACAAUCAAAACCGAUAUGACUUUAUCAGCAGAGCAGAAAUCUUUCCUCGAAGAAUGUGAGAUCAAGUUUUCAGAAAGAUACACCAAUUGUGAACCAGAUUUUGCUCAAAUCCAUGGAUCAAGCAUUCCACCACCACCUAUUGUAUUUCCUUGGUACGGAAAAUCUAGGUACAACAGAGGGGAUAAUAGAGGCCAGCCUAACAGAAGUUAUAACGAAAGAAGAGAUGAUAGAGGAAGUUAUACUCCAAAUAGCAGUAAUGAUUCUGGACGAUUUGGAAGAAGUAAAAAUUAUUAGUAAAUCAAGUAAUUACACCUGGAUGAAUUACCAUUUGUUCAGAUCCCCCUGUGCUUAGGUCACAACGUCUUAGCAUCAAGGAGAUGUGCGAGGUUUGAGAUAUAGUGAAGUGAUUUAUACCCUUUUGCAUGAACUCAUUAAAGCUAAGUCACUGUUAUUUGUUUUAUUAAUCUGAGGAAAUGUAAACCUUAAUGUCAAGUCUGUGCAAACGGGCAUUAUUGAAUUAUUUUUCUGUAUUCCCAGAUUUUAUCAUAAAUAUUUUGUGGUUA